AUGUCAAAAGAUAAUUUACUGUCUGCUCGAUGUGAAAAAUUGCCUGCUGAUUAUCGAGAUAUACUUGAAAAAAGACGUUGUCAAUCACAAUUUAAUACACAUGAAAAUUUACAAUCUCCUUCAUUACAAACAUUCCGACCAGCAUUAACAGCUUAUUGUGCACAUUGUAAACUUCCAUUAUUAAUUGAUGUUACUACGCAUGAAACAACAACUAAAACUCGUGCAUCGAGUACACGUAAUAAUCAACGUGUAUGUCAAGGAUGUACGGAAGAUAAAGUCAAAAAUGUUCGUACUCCAUCAAGUCGUUUAUUUAGAUCAGCUUCUAGUGAUUGGACAAAUGUAGGUGAUAAAAUUGAAAAUUGGUUUGAAACAGCACGUACACCAGAUCAACGAGUUGUCUACAACUUUUUGGAAAAAAUUAAUAAUAACAAUCAAGGAAAAGAAUUGGAUAGAACAUUUGAUUCAACGCAAGGGAAAAGUCUCGAUGAGAUAUUAGAUAAUUUAAAAAAAUAUCGAGCACGUUUUAAUUCAUCUCGUCCUCAAAAAAACUUUCAACGUGCAUUCGAAUCAACAAGUUGGCGUGUUAUGCGUCAUCCAUCAGCAACACCUCGACAAUUUAGCCGUUAUAAUGCUGUUUAUGGUGAUGAUGCUUCACGAGAUUUUCGUAUUGGAACGGUAUUUACAACAACAGAACCAAGAAUUGGUUCAACCUUUUUAUUACAUCCUGGUUGGGUUUAA